AUGGAAUUUCUCCACCAGAUGAACAUCUCCGACUUAACAAUCUACGAUCUGUUCAACGUGAAAGGUGUCGAGGAACACAUCGAUGCCUACCCUUUGAUGGCAUCACCCGUUCCGAGUUCCAUCAUGAUCGCCAUAUACCUCUACUUCAUCUACAAAUAUGGACCAAGCUAUAUGGAAUUCAGAAAACCAUAUAAUCUGCGCUGGAUCAUAGCGGGCUACAACAUCUUCCAAGUAGUGGCGUGUGGCUACCUCGUGCUUAACUACAUGAAGGUAGGAUUCGAAUUCAACUUCAUUGGACGCUGCACACCGAAACUGCCCGUUACCGAGUAUGAACACGGUCUUGAUGCGGUUUACUACGGUUGGCUCGCGAUGUGCCUCCGGAUGGUCGAGUUCAUCGAGACGGUGUUUUUUGUGUUGCGCAAAAAACAAAACCAAGUAUCCACAUUGCAUGUGUAUCAUCAUAUCAGCACCUUCUUGAUCGUAUGGUGGAGUCUGAAACUUAGCCUUUCCUACCAGGAGAUGUCCAUCAUGGUGCUGAAUUCGAUUGUGCACAUGAUGAUGUACUCGUACUACUUCCUGUCGUCGUUCAAGCUUUGCCAGCCGUUCACAAGCCGCAUCAAGCCGGCCAUAACCAUCAUCCAACUGGCACAGCUUGUUGCCAUGCUGGUGCACGUCUACGCAGCUCUGCAGCCUUCCUGCGCAGCCAACAAAACGAUCUACACGCUACACGCGAUCAAUCUCGUCAUUCUGAUAAGCCUGUUCACCAACUUCUACAUCCAGACGUAUGUGCGGAAGGCGAGAAAACUCAAGCAGAAGUAG